AUGGUUUCAAAAACGGAUUUGGAUAAGAAAAUAAAGAUAUCAGCAACAAACCCAGCCGCUCGAACCCGGCCCACAGAUGUCCCCCUCGUGGCCAUUCGUCCCAGUGUCCAGACAGAUAUAAAGUUCACCAACCCCUUUCUAAUUCCUUCUUUCCUUUUUACUAUAGCACUUUUUGUACCGAAGAUGGUUCGUGCCGUUUUUUUUCCACUUGUUCUCGUGCCUGUGCUCUGUGGACACAAGACAGCAAGCGCUAGCACAACGGGAACAGCAGAAACGAUUGAUUGCUUCAAGGAGAUGAAUGAGGAGAGGAAAGCUGCAGGACUGCCUGAGUUUACGCAGGCAUCUGAAGAAACACAAGUGCUUCCGGAACACCCUGGUUCUGGAAGAGCGAUAACAGCUUCAACUUUGUGGACCGAGAUCUGUAAAAAAAUAGCAGGGGAUGAUGGUGCUACCACUCAAGCCAACCAGUUAGAGGGAACCUUCGCGUACUACUCCGGCAAAAAAGACUGCAAAGCGGCAGUGCAGUACUGGAAAGACGGGUUUUCGCUCUUCAAAAACGAACUGCCCCCAACAUUCACAGCAUUGAAUGACCCCCCAAUAUACACCGACCAGGCUGUGUCCUUUGUCGCCCUCUAUAACCCCAAGGCGAGCCCCGUAGCCAGCUGCGCCUUUGUCACCUGUACAGAAGGAGGCGCGUUCGCUGCUGCAGACCUAUCAAAAAGCCACGAAGGGCGGACGUUAAGGAGACUCCAGGAAUUAGAAACAACUGCUACUGCCGUUAUAUGCUUGACGAAUCCGAAGGCGCUAACUGCUGGAGCGGCGCCAUUCCACUGUUUGGAUUUUCAGGGGAGAGGAGUGGCAGAAGAUUGUUCAUGCUAUAGUUGGUACUGA